AUUAAUUUCUAGUCCCAAUUCUGUCAGAGUCCUUAAAGCAUCGCUAACAAAGGUGAAAGAUCACGGAUAGUAUGGGAAACACAAAGGAUAACGAAUACGAACUGAGAGAGUUCCUGCUCGAUGCGGACUCCAACGCCGGUACCGAUGACACUCCACUCCCGAUGCCCUCCAAUCGGGACGAUAAGGACUGGAGACGAUCACUACGACUGAGACUACAGAUCCUGACUAGCUUUUCACUGUUCAUAGUCGCUGGACUAUGUGAUCAGACCGUGGGUACUCUGCUGCCCUACUUGGUCACACAUUACCGCACUUCGCAGACCGUUGUCAGCAUCGUAUUCAUGCUGCAAUUCCUUGGCUACUCAUCAUCGGCACUGUCCAACGAGAAACUGCACUGGCAUUGUGGAAGGUUUGGUGUUAUGACCAUUGCCACGUUACUGCUUGCAAUGUCCUUCCUGAUCAUCAGCAUCACAGAAUACCUCCCUUUGUACAUUGGCCUCCACCUGUUCUACGGCAUGGGCAUGGGGCUGCUUGACAGUUGUGUCAAUGUGUUUUUGAGCGACUUGGUUGACCAUAACGAGCUUAUGGGACUGUUACACGGGUUUUAUGGCGUUGGUAGUGUCAUUUCUCCACCUUUGGUUAGCUGGAUCUUGAAGCACUGGGGUUAUAGGCUGCACUAUGCCCUAUUGGCGACGCUAUCGUUUAUCGGACUACUUGCUGUUGUAGUACUAUUCCGUGAUGAAACAAAGGACAAGUAUAGGGCCCAUUCAACUGAAGGUGACGACACCAAGGGCGAGGUGUCUCUCUGGGACAUAUUUAAGAGUCCGAUUGUUCCAAUAACGUGUGCCUAUCUCUUCCUCUACAUCGGAGCAGAACUGGGUGUUGGUUCGUGGUUGCUCACAUAUCUGAGGACCAUCAAGUCUAUGGAACAACAAGAGGCAGCGUUCGUUGUCAGCUGGUUCUGGAUUGGUCUCACAUGUGGCAGAAUGCUACUGGGAUUUGUAACGAAAAGAUUUGGUAAUGAGUAUACUGCAAACUUGGGAUAUUCACUGCUCAGUUUGUUCUUCUUUACCACGUUUGCUGUCUAUUCAAUGGCAUACACAGGAGAUCAUUACACUCUUAUUGUGAAGCCUUUAGUGUUUAUGUCAGGUGUCUUUGUCGGCCCCUUGUUCCCAACUUCAAACAUAACGCUGUUGAAGACUUUGCCAACUCAACUUCAGGUGAGUGGUGUCGGUUUGGCAACUUCAUUGGGUGGUACUGGAUCUGCCGUUCUACCUUUUACUAUUGGUGCAAUCUCACGGAUCACUGGGUUCGAGUACCUUUUGAUAUACAUAGACUUGAUCAUUGCAGGGUACUGUGCCAUUUGGAUGCUCGUUCCUAUAUACGUUCCCACGGUUCAACGUAAAUGGAGGGCAGCAUCUUAGAUGCCGUUACUACAGACAGUAUAAUAAACAAAAGAACUCAAUCAUUAUUAACUCAUACUCAAGCGUAUUUAUCUGCCUUUGAUGAGGACAAAACUGUGUCUAUUUGGUCUUCAGAUGAACCUUCA